CAUUUCAACGGGACACAAGUUUGGCGCACUACACUCGCGUAACUUUGCGAUCGGCAAAAGUUUUGAAGUUUGUGUCUGUGCUUUUUGUUAGUUCAAUUAAAUACGGUUUCAUUUCCUGUCAAAUAGACGCCAAUCUCCAUAGACAUGAUGUUUUGGGCAGUUUGUUGUGUCACGUUGGCCGUGGGCAGUGUAUGCACAAGUGCGGCGCCUAGGAGCGAAAUUUCACACCCUAUCGACUGGACCCAGCUGGAAUCAGCACCCGAUGAUGAAAGCGUUGAUUAUGCUGUAUCACCUGGACGCUAUCCUUCAGCCCCCUGGCUCUACCUUCUAGCAGAGGCACCACGUGAUUCACAGAGGCUGAUUCGAGACUUCAACAUUCGACCGAAACGCAAAAUGCCCUCGCUGUCCAUCAACAACCCCAUGGAGGUGCUGCGUCAGAGACUGCUGCUAGAAGUUGCCAGAAAGCAGAUGCGCGAAGCAAACCAGAGACAAGCGGUGGCAAACAGAGUGUUCUUGCAGAAUGUUGGAAAACGAGGUCUUUGGAUGAACUCAGUAUCGUCGCGCUAUGGCAUCUAAGGAACUACGACUCAACCUUCUUCCUUUUCUCUAUUUCUAAAGAAGCUAAACAGUCCAAGGUACCUUUUCUUUGAAAAAAUAAAAUUUAUUUUCUUGUAAACAGGAAAUAAACGCUGAAUACUAAGAUUUGUCUUCCUUAUUGUUAGCCUAAGCUCACUGACGUAUUAACGGCCCGUAAUUUAAUCGCUACUUGAACUGAUAUCAAAAAGUAACAUCUGUCAGAAAUCUGAAUACACACAGUAAGUGAAAGAUAAGUCAAAGCUAUCAAAGACAACUCAAAAAGUUUUAUUAAAAGAAAUAUUAUCUGUUUCUGUUAUUAUUAUUUAGGAAACAAUUUUUUUUUUCUUUAUAUACGUUGCUUAUGAUUCUAAUAUCUUUUUCUCUCAUUCCUGUUGGCCAAAUGUAAAACAGAAAUACAUCGGAAAGGUUUUAUUUGAUUUCAAUAUGAAACCGAACUAAAAACUAAUGUAUCCCCCCCCCCCAUACAUUAGUAGGGGGAGUUUGAACGAAAACUUGUGGAAAUGUGAAAUGAAAACUGAAAACA